AUGAGUCUUCCGGGCAUGUCGGCGGGUGCCAUGGGUGCCAACGGCCAAAUGCAGGGAAUGAGUGAGCAAGAGCAGGCCAUGGUGAAGAUGAUGCAAUCCGGCAUGGAAUCGUGCCCCGUUAAGACAGUCAUCUCCGGUACAAUGGGUUUCGCUCUUGGUGGUGCCUUUGGUCUCUUCAUGGCCAGUAUGUCCUACGACUCCUCCUUCACCCCCCAGGGCCAAGAAAUCGCCAACCUCCCGUGGCGCGACCAGGUCCGCCGCGGAUUUAAGGAUAUGCGCGCGCGCUCGUGGUCGUCCGCAAAGAACUUCGGUAUUGUCGGCGCGCUGUACUCCGGAACCGAGUGCUGUAUCGAGGGACUGCGUGCGAAGAACGACUUGACCAACAGUGUCGCGGCCGGUUGCGUGACUGGCGGUAUUCUCGGUGCCAAGGCUGGCCCGCAGGCGGCUGCCUUUGGUUGCGCCGGUUUUGCGGCAUUCAGUGCUGCCAUUGAUGCUUAUAUGCGCAUGCCUGAUUCGGAAUAA